AUGACGUUGGCACCAACGGAACCGUCAUUCUUGACGUACAACGAUCGAAUUCAAGAAGGGGAUACUGUAAUUGUGUAUGUGACAUAUGGACAAAUGGUGCCAACAGUUGUCAAGAGAGGACAGACACUCAUGAUGAAAUAUGGAGCCCUGAGACAUGAAUUCAUUAUUGGAAAGAAAUGGGGACAACGUCUGUCAGCUACAGCCGGCUACGUCUACAUUCUUCGUCCAUCAUCAGAUCUGUGGACCCGCUCGUUGCCACGUCGAACUCAGAUUCUCUACACAGCGGAUUGCGCUCAAAUUCUGUCGCUAUUGGAUGCGAAACCCGGAUCGGUAAUCUGCGAAUCGGGCACUGGAAGUGGAUCAUUAUCUCAUGCGAUCGCUUUGACUGUGGCACCAAAUGGACAUUUAUAUACACAUGAUAUUGAUGAGACGAGAACCAGCAAGGUUUUGGAGGAAUUCAAGACCCAUGGUCUCUCAUCUGUCACCACUGCCGUCGUCCGCAACGUCUGCACAUCUGGAUUCCACGUGGAGAACGAUGCCGACGGUGUCUUCCUGGACGUCCCAGCUCCUUGGGAAGCGAUUCCAUUCGCCGCCAAAUCGAUCUCUCGGAAACGCGGCGGUCGUUUAGUGUCGUUCAGUCCGUGUCUGGAACAAGUGCAAAGAGCCUGUUUGGCGAUGUCGGCAGCUGGUUUCAUAUCGAUUGAAACGAUUGAGCUGGUGCCGGAACAAAAGAAAAUUGUGAAUCAGCAUCGGCAGACACUAGAGGAAUUCGAGGAGAUUGGGGAUGCUUAUCCAAAGGAGAGGAAGAGAAAUGCAGAGGGAGAAGUGAAGGAGGACUCUCGUGUCUCCACAGCAAUCGUCUUCCCGUACUCGCAACCAACCCAUACUGGAUACCUGACUCAUGCCACACUUCUACCAGUUUUGGAAUAA